UAUAAUCUAUAUUUUAUGUUAGUAAAUUAUAUACUAAUAUAGAUCUGUUAUAUAAUUAUAGAAUCUUAUCUAGACUCUUGUAGAGUAAAUAAGAAGUAACCCAAGGCCAAGGUUCUGAUUAAACUUUUUUCAAAGUCCUAAAAUAAAAAUGCAUUUUCCGGCUGCUCUCACAGAGGAAGAAGAGCUAUUAAAACAGACUUUAGCUCGGCUUAAGAAAAAGAAGAAACAACUUCAGUCCCUCAAAGCCGCAGCACAAAGCCAGGAGAAGGAGACAACAUUGAGCAAGUCAGCUAAUAAGUCAGUUCCUGCCCCUUCUUUGGAUUCAGCCGACAAAGCAACUGAGCAAGCCAAGAAGCUAGUGCAGUCAGGGGCCAUCACAGUCAGAAGCCAAAAAGAGAAGUUUGGUUUUAAACGAUCUAAAAACUUUGAAAAGAAAAAGGACUCAGACAAACCUCCAGGUCCUGUUGGGUUCCAGCCUUUCAUGUCCUUCACAGGGGAGGAGGAGGAAGAGAAACAGCCACCAGUUAAAAAGAUGAAAGGAUUAAGUGAAAGUUUUGUUUCAGCUGGCUACAACAACAGAGGUUAUGAACGAGAACACAGAGACCCUCCUAAGAAAGGUCAAACACUUUUUGUCAAAGGUCAAGGGAUCACGAAGGAAAUUAUUCAGAAAAGUUUUUCUAAUUUCGGCAACAUCUUAAACAUUAAUAUGGAGCCAGAGAAACAAACUGCUUUUGUGACGUUUGAGAAAGUGGAACAAGCCGAGCAAGCCAUUGUGGGGAUGGCUGGAGGUCUGACCAAUAAUAUUCACUUACAUGUCGAGAUGGCUAGGCGGCAGCCUGUUUAUGAACCCCCUGUGGAAGGCGCACCGCAGUCAUCUUGGUCAAGCAUAGCGGCCAACACAUCACAGAAAGGAGCGUCCUGCAAGGACUCCAGAGAAGUCGUCAAGUACGAGGAGGAAGAUUUAUUCUAACCUGCGGCGCAAUUAAUUUGUCCACAAAGAGGAUACUGCCGAGGCGGUGUGACAGCAAUACUGAAACCCAUAUGGUAGAGUCAAAGCUUCAAUGGACUAGUGAAAAUAUGUUCAUGGUUAAUCAGGGAUAGAUAAUUUCUAUCUUCAGGACAGGAACUAAGUUGUCUCCCUUGUAUCAUUGUGAAUAAUAAAAAUACAGGACAGUUCAUUGAACAUGUGGGUAUUGUACCUAGAAACAAUGUUCUAAAGACAUGCAGGAGUUGCAAUGAGGAAUGGAUAAACAGAAGACUUUAAACUGAGAGGUUAUAAACUAUAUGAGUUGCUAAAUCUGGCUUCCCGAGUUUUCACUUGGCUUUCUAAAGUAUUGCUAAAUCUGGCUUCCCGAGUUUUCACUUGGCUUGCUCAAGUAUUGCUAAAUCUGGCUUUCCGAGUUUUCACUUGGCUUGCUCAAGUGUUUGCAUAGCUUUUGGAAAUGUGGUUUUGGAUCAAAAGAAAUUGAAUGAGUAAUCAAUGGCUGUAUAUGGAAAUGACAUAGUAAAGCUUUUGCAUUGAGAAUCUUGGUUUCAGUUCUGAUGAAGACAGAUGCUUUUUGCUUGACAUUUGAGGAUAAUAUUGAAUCCUACCAUCUUUAAUGGUUAACAUCUGUGGAUGAGAAUAUUGAAUCCUACCAUCUUAAAUGGUUUACUUGACAUCUGUGGAUAAGAAUAUUGAAUCCUACCAUCUUUAAUGGUUACGACAUCUCUUGAGGAGAAAAGCUGUUGUGCUGGCUAUUUAAUAUCCUUCUCCCAAAACGUACCCUUGGGAACCAAGUGAACUCAGCUCCUCCUGCUCCUUGGCCAUUUCACCUGGAAGAGUUUAACCCACAAACUGGAGUUAAACAAAGUGACAUCAAUUUUGGACCUGCCAGGUCAGAAUGGCUUGACCCUCUCCUCCUUGUCAGAAAGAUUGCAAUAAUGACCUGGCACAGUCUGUUCUCCAGAAGUGCCAAGCCCAUGUCAGUUCUUUCUUGAGAUGCCAAGCAUCAAGGCUCACCUUCCAGCUGUUGUGCCUGAGUGUGUGAUAUAGGACUUCUGCAAAGGUAACUUCCUUCUGGAACACCUGAGAGUGGUCAACUUACUGUGGGUGCCAAGUAUACAAGAUGAAGCUUGGCGGGCAGUGUUCCUUAAAUCUGGAAAGAGAACUGGUCUAUUAUCUGAUCAAACUUUGUGUUCACUUGUAAAAACAAAACAAAUGUCUCUGAGAAAAUGUCUCUGUAUUUGUUUGUUAUCUGGCUUCACUUCAAACACAUGUUCAACUUAUUCAUAAUCAAUGUUUUCAAGCUACAUGAUAACAAACAACAACUCUAUUCAUUAUAUUUAAACACACAGUCAUUGCAAAACUAUAUAUAUAUAAUAAUGGCAUUGUCUUCGAUUCCGAGGAUUAAGGAUGAGUGUAGUGUUUCAUAUGAUAAUUAUGAUUAUGCAAAUCCAUUUGCAUAUUUCUCCUUAUCUUGUGCUUCUUUUUAUAUAAAUAAUUCAUAGCAAUAGUUCAUUUAUAUGUUAAUUGAUUAAAAAAUAAAAACAUGUCAUUGUAAAAAUUUGAUUUUGUUUAACUCAAAAAAUUCUGUGGGAAUUGUCACUAUGCUCUGUUUGAAAUGUUCUGAAUACAAAAUGAUGUGCUAAGCUGUGCUACUGAGAUGAAGGUCCUGGUUUUUUUUAUUUGUGAUAAACAUCUGGGUAUUUCUUGGGGGACAAAUAAUAUCCAACUGGAUGGAAGGGGAGCACUUUGUUAUUUUUAAGGACAUUUUAAAGUGUUUGGUCACGUGACUUUCUCAUCGUCUGCUCACGGCACCUGAAGUACGUCCCCUCAACCUCUAUAGGAAUAGUUUAUAAGAGGAAACCCAGCCGCUUUCAAAACGAAAAAAAAGUGGCAACUGACAAGUGGAGAAUGUUAACUUCUAAUUACUUAUAAAUGUAAAUGAUAGGAUGUUAUAUGAUAAAUUAUAUUUCACUUUAUAGUAAUUUUGUUGCAAUUAUUUCUACAAGUGUUUCAAUUGUAUCUUCUACUAAAUGCCUUCAAUUAAUUUUACUAAUAUGGGGGAAGUAACUCGUCUGAAAAAGGAAACUAAAAAAAAUUACAUGGUUGUCUCCCUUUAGCAAUUUUUAAAAAAACAAAAAAUAGACCUUGAAAACUUGUUAUGGUGCUUAUGAAAGCUGUUUAGAAAUAAAGCGACUUGGCAAAAAAAAAAAAAAAGGUUUUAGUCGUGACGUUUUGUUUGUUAAGGAAGUGUCAUUUCGCUCAUUAAAAUUUUUCCUAACUAUAAUAAAUGACAUUGUUUGGUGAAUUAUCUUAAGAUACUAAGACCCAAGGGCUAAGCUAUGGGAUGUUGGUGAAUAAGACGGCUUUAUUGUUCCUAAUUGGAAGGACUUUUUCUCAAAUUGAAAACAACAACAUUGAGAUAAAUAGAACAGACAACAUAAACAAAUUCAUUCAUUGACUACACACUGAGGUCGUGAUCCUAUUCAUGUUUCCUAGUCAACAAGUAGAGCUGAUAAGUAAAAUUCCCCUUUCAGGCUUGGCCGGAUGAUGGUAAAGGUCAUCUGUCCCUGUGGCCCACGGUUAAACGAGCUUGUCAUGUGGCCAACAUAACGACCAACCACCUUUACUUUUCCCCAACUAAUGUCAGGUACCCAUUAGAGCUGGUUUGACUCUGAGGCACCCUAAGAUCCUGAAAUUAAAAAUCCCAGUCUUCACCAGGAUUCGAAACCCUGACCUCG